AGUGUGUAUAAUAUCAGUAUGUUAAUACGAAUAGCUAUAUUACUCUCAAUGUCAGUCAUACUAGUUUCUGCGAAAUACAGAAAGCCUCAACCAAAAUACCCCAGGGACACUGUGUUCUGGGCAACUGACUUCUUCGUAAAAGGGUGUAAGAACUUUCUAGAGAAUUGUCCUUCUGGAUAUAAAGUUCAAGAAAUCUGCGCUCGUAGUUACGGCGGGGAAUACAGAAACUUCGCGAAUUAUUGUCAAAUGCAAUAUGAAAACUGCAACACUUGGAGAAAUUGGAGAGUUUUCAAAAGAGAGAAGUGCUAAUGAAAUCUAAGGCGUAA